GCAUGUGUAUGUUUAUGUGUAUACUUAACAUUUUGUUACAAUAUUUUUCUGCCAUAAAUUUGCAUUCCCAAACCAAAAAAAAAUUCCUUUUGCAUAUUUUUGUGUGGUCUAUUACCUUUUUUCAUCUCCAUAUAUUUGUUUUUUGUAUAUACAGCAUGCUCUAUUAACUUUUGUAUAUCCUUGUUAUGUUUUUACAUUUAUCUAUCUUAGUGUUAACUGGAAUAAUGGCAGCGAUUAUUUCAAAAUAUAGAUUACAUGUGUUGCGUAAACCCCUAGCAAAACAUUUCACUUCUUUUAGCAAACCAAAUGUAAGAAUGGUGCCAUCUCAUACCAGUUCGUAUAAAAUCUUUUCCAGACAUGAUGUCUGCUUUGCCAGAAAUAUGUUUUUAGGCUCAAGUGCCAGUUACCCAAGGCAGUAUUCAACAACAUCUGCAACUACAGAAAAGCCUGUCUCAUCUGAUGAAUUUAGACUGAUAUAUGAAGGACCUCUAUCACAAAAAAUAAAGUUUAUUAAACUGUUUUCUUUGUCUACUUCAUUUUUGGCUGUUUUUGCUGCACCAGUGUUUAUAUUGCAAGGUAAAGAAAGCGUUCCAGUUAUUGGAAAAAUGAUAUUAGCAACAACUGUUGUCACUAUGGGCGUAACCACAACAAUUUUGCUCCAUUGGUUGUCAAGGGUUUAUGUUCAUAAAAUGUAUUUUCACCCACACUCGAGAACAUUUGCGGCUGAAACAUUAAACUUUUUUGGUCGAAAGAAAACAAAAACUUUCCUGGUAGAGGAUAUCACAGUGCCAGAAAUUGAAAAUGCUUUCUCAACAUUCGAAGCAAAUGGAUGUCGGUAUUUUAUUCAUACAGAUCUGAAAGAAGCUGAACAAGUUAUGAAAUAUGUGAAAGAAUAUAAUUACGAAAAUAUGUAGUUAUGAAUUCUGUAGUGUACAGAUUUGUGGUGAAUAUGUUUGUUCAUAAUGUAUGCACUAAAAGAGUUUUGUUUUUCAUUAUUAAAUAGGAAACUGAAUAUGUAAUAUAGAUGGUAUUAAACUCUAUGUAUGCUAUACAUAAUGUAAAUAGAACAUCGUAUAAGGCUUUUGA